CCAUCCCCCUCUCAGUCGCUCUGCCCUUACCAUCUGUCUCUGUCCAUGGACCCCAGUUGACCUGGCCCUGAAUCCGUUUUCUCCUUGCAGCCUGACCUCACGAUGACCAGGUGGGCUCUGCUGGUGCUGAUGGUCCUGAUGUUGGGCAGAGUCCAGGUUGUCUCGGUGACCCCUAUCCCAACCUUUCAGCUCCGCCCUCAGAACUCUCCCCAGACCACUCCCCGACCUGCGGCCUCAGAGAGCCCCUCAGCUGCUACCACAUGCCCCUGGGCUGCCUGGAGCCACUGCAGCCCCACCCGGCACCCUGGCUCGCGCAUCGUCCUAUCGCUGGAUGUUCCCAUUGGCCUCUUGCAGAUCUUACUGGAGCAAGCCAGGGCCAGGGCUGCCAGGGAGCAGGCUGCCACCAAUGCCCACAUCCUGGCCCGUGUCGGCCGCCGCUGAGCCUGAGGGAGGGGGUCACAGUGAUGAGGCCACCCUGGAUGGGAGGACCUGGGAGGCAGCCACACAGCUGGACAGAUGCUGCCACAUCUGGGCAUACAGUGUCUGGACACUGCCACCUGGAGCCACUGCCAUGCAGUGUCAUAUCACAUCUGAGUGCCCCACAGAGACACAGUGUGUCUGGACAGCCUGGACAUCGGACAUUGCUAUGUUGGGUCACUGCCACAUGGAGGCUCGCCAUGCUGGUGUGCCCCACAGACCUAAAACAUGUCCGGACAGCUUGGAUGCCACCAUGUAAGGUCACUGCUGCGGCAAGUCUUGCUAUGUCUGGGUGCCUCACAGUCACAGAGUAUCUGGACCUUGCCACAUGCGGUCACCAUCACGUUGCUCUCAGGAACCUCAACACGAGAGCUCAACACUCCCUCCAAGACCAGUCCCUCUCAGGCCCACAGGUCUGUCCUCCCGUAGGCCACCACACGGGGAAAUGCUGGCGGAGGGUCGCUUGCUUGCUCUGUGCCCCAUGAGGCAGCACCUGCCCCAGAUGGACGGGGCCGUGAAGGGUGACAUGUGACCCUGUGACCAUGGCAGCCUUGCCUUGUGGAUGCAUGUGCGCAUGUGCGGCUGAAUCUCUGACAGCUGUGAGUAUGUGUGAGCAGGGUAAAGAUGCGUGAGGGGUCUUGGAGGAGUGGGUGCUUGUCCCCCAAACCUGAAUGAAGCAAGCACAACUCCCAGCCAGGCACUGUCUUCCCCACGUGCCCCUGAAUCCCCAGCCUCAGCCCAUGGACUUGCAUGGUUCAGGGGAGACAGGGCUCAGGCUGCCGGUGCUCUGACCCAACUCCGUACCCCUUCACGCACGGAUUGUCCUGGGCAAAGGUGUUCACCUUUCCGAGCCUCGGUUUCCUUAUCUGUAAAGCAGAGCGGCACCGGCAAGCAUGUGAGUAUUAUGUACUUAGCAGACAUGGAGGUCCUGCAGCAGGAGGUCUCAAUAAAUGUAAAGCGAUUGAAGGGUGGGA